CCAGCGUCCCGAUCCCGCCUUUCCAGUAUCUUCAUCUCUUCUUGCACUCUUGAACUUUCCACUCCCGGUCUGGUUCUUCUGCCACGCUUCCACCGACAGUUACAUUAUUGCCUUUUUCUCUUUCUCCAGUUUUCACAGUUGUUUUACCGACUCCGUUCAUUAUGGCCACCAGAGCCGCAGCAGGCGCCCGUCCCGGUGCCAGAUUCGCUCAGUUCAAGCUGGUGUUGCUUGGAGAAAGUGCCGUUGGAAAGAGUUCGCUAGUCCUGAGAUUUGUUAAGGAUCAAUUCGAUGAUUACCGCGAGUCGACUAUUGGCGCCGCCUUCCUCACACAGACAAUCUCCCUGGACGAAAGCACGACGGUCAAGUUCGAAAUAUGGGACACCGCCGGUCAGGAGAGAUACAAGUCCUUGGCUCCCAUGUACUAUCGGAACGCGAACUGCGCUGUUGUUGUGUACGACAUCACUCAAGCGUCGUCGUUGGAUAAGGCCAAGUCAUGGGUGAAGGAACUACAGAGGCAAGCCAACGAAAACAUCGUCAUCGCUCUUGCAGGCAACAAGCUCGACCUUGUAACAGAGAAUCCCGACAAGCGCGCGAUCGCGACCGCUGAUGCCGAGGCCUAUGCACGUGAAGCCGGUCUGCUAUUCUUUGAAACGUCGGCCAAGACGUCAUCUAAUGUGCGAGAAUUGUUCACCGCUAUUGCGAAAAAGCUGCCUCUCGAUCAGGCAGGCCCACGAAACUUGCGCGCUGCCCCCCGUCCCGGGGUCGAUUUGCGGCCAGAAGCCCCUGGCACUCAGGGCGCGGGCGCCUGUAACUGCUAGACAUCGCCUUCAAACCUGCCUUUUCAAUUCUAGCAUUGUGAUGCCUCUCUAUCCAUGGGUGUUUUAGCUUUCGUUAGUUUGGUUUUGUCUAGAUGCGAAAGACGUGCUUCUCUUGCCUGAGCUUGAACUUUAAUUCCGGUGCAAAACCUGAUGACUUCAAUCGGCAGCUGCGCAUGGCCGCUACAUGUUCCCCAAGAAAUGGUUAUCUGGCAUCCCUAGCCGAAUUUUGGGCGGCCUGGUUUGGCACGCA